AUGUCUAGCAUCCUUGCUUAUGUGGGUAAUAGCCAGAGGCAAAACACAGCCUUGCCAUCUUGGGCCCAUUCCAUGCUGAAGUCCCUGGGGAGGACUCUUGGUCCUUUGAUGGCCAACAUGGUAGAGAGAAACAUGAAAUUGUUCUCUGGGAGGGCAGUGCCAGCCUAUGGGGAAGAAACCUUUGAAAACUGGCUGAUAGAAGUCAAUGGGGUCCUGCCAGAUUGGAAUAUGUGUGAGGAGGAAAAGCUCAAACGGUUAAUGAAAACCCUUAGGGGCCCUGCCCGGGAGGUCAUGCGAUUACUACAGGCUGCCAACCCCAACCUAAGUGUGGCAGAUUUUUUGUGGGCGAUGAAGCUGGUGUUUGGGGAGUCUGAGAGCAGUGUGACUGCCCAUGGUAAAUUUUUUAACACCUUACAGGCACAAGGGGAGAAAGCUUCCCUUUAUGUGAUCCAUUUAGAGGUGCAGCUGCAGAAUGCUAUUCAGGCAGGCUUCCUAGCUGAGAAGGAUGCAAACCAGACUCGCCUGCACCAGCUCCUGGUAGGGGCUGAGCUGGAUAGAGACCUGUACUACAAGCUGAAGUGUCUUCUCAAGAUAUAUCCGAAUGAGCAAGAGCAGCUUCCCAAUUGCAUGGAAUUAAUCAGAAUGAUAAGGGAGGAAGAGGAUUGGGAUGGCACUUUUAUUAAGCGGAAGCGCCCCAAAAGAUCUGAGUCAAUGACAGAGAGAGCAGACAGCCCUGUGGCAUUUCAGGACUCCCCACCAAUGGCUACUGGCAGUGUUGACUGCAAUGUGAUAGAGAUAGAUGAUACUCCUGAUGACUCAGAUGAGGAUGUGAUCCUUGUAGAACCUGAGGACCCUCCACUGUCAUCCUCUGAUGCCACACCACUGAGAGAUAGGGCCACAUCUUGGGAUCAAGUGCUGGUCAUUGAUUCUCCCGACAGUGCUGAGGGUCAGUCUCCUUCUGCCAGUGGUAGUUCUGGGCAUAAGCAUAGUGGUCCUGGGGAUAUGUGUAGAGCCAGGAAACGAAAACAUACAAUGUACUGUUCUUAUUGUGGGGACGAGGGCCACUCAAAAGAAAUGUGUGACAGUGAGAACAACAAGACCCAUGUUUUUGAGAAUCUGAUCAUCACCUUGAAGGAGCUGACACAUACAGAGGAGGAGGGGCCAAGCGAGGGGCCUGGUACAUUGAGUGACCUCUCUGAGUAA